GGCGGCUGCUCCUCCGGGGCUCCCGGUCCUUCCCCCCGCCACCCCCGCCGUGAAGCGCGCGGCCUCUGAUCCCGUCCCCUCCUCCUCCACCAGCUGGGGCUGCAUGAGCUGGGGGCGGGCCCCCGUGGUCCUGCUCGGCGGAGGGGUGAGUCUGGCCCCGCCCCUUCCGGUCUCCAAGUUUCACCGGGCUUCAGUACCCCGAACCGCCUGCAAGUUGAAGGCCACGCUGCUCCUGUCGUUCCUUUGGAUGCCCGCGCUGCUGCCGGUGGCUUCCCGCCUUCUGUUGCUGCCCCGAGCCUUGCUGUCCAUGGCUUCCGGAAGCCCUCCCCUGCCCUCGCCGGGCUCCGGCUACGUCCCAGGAUCGGUUUCUGCAGCCUUUGUCACUUGUCCCAAUGAGAAAGUCGCCAAGGAGAUCGCCAGGGCCGUGGUGGAGAAGCGCCUAGCAGCCUGCGUCAACCUCAUCCCGCAGAUCACGUCCAUCUAUGAAUGGAAAGGAAAGAUCGAGGAAGACAGUGAGGUGUUGAUGAUGAUUAAAACCCAAAGCUCCCUGGUCCCUGCUCUGACAGAGUUCGUUCGGUCUGUGCACCCUUACGAAGUUGCUGAGGUGAUUGCGUUGCCUGUGGAGCAGGGGAACCCCCCAUACCUGCAUUGGGUGCGCCAGGUCACAGAAUCCGGUUCAGAUUCUGGCCCAGCCCCCUCCUCUGCUUAACGCCCUCUGGUUUCCAGGUGAUGAUGUCUGAGCCCCCAAUAAAUCCUCUCCUGUUC